CUUUCUACCUCUGCGACCUUUCAUUCCAAGCCAUAGUUCCAUGCCGUAGUUUUCAUGCUGUUUCACGCCACAGUGUGCGCCGGCUGGCUGUGCACUGCACAGGUAUGAUCACACACUCAGCGAGCACCUGAGAGAGCGAGACCACAAGGACGAUACAAGCGCGUGGGGGACACUAUCCGGCGAGGACCGUGAGCAGAAUGUAGGGAAGACCCGAAGGAGAUUCUUCUGGUGCUCUUCAAACCGAUGGGUCCGAGAUGCUGACGUUGCACUUUAGGCCCUGGGAUGUCCACGAUGUCGCUGUGCUUCUCAGCUCGGCACUCUACGUGUGUCACAUAGCUGGGGCCAUCUCCAUCCAGUCCGACCUGCACAGUCUCAUUCGAUCCGUGCAGGAGGACGUGUUCUUCUCCGUGAACGUGACCUGCAGAGGCAUUCCCACCAUCCAGUGGACCUUCAUUUCCAGCUCGGUGAGACGCAGCAUCGGCGCCUGGCAGCCGGGGGGGUUCACCAACAUCACUGAGGAUUACAGCAGCAGGGUGCAGGCUCACCACAACGGCUCCAUGGGUCUGUCGGACCUGCGGCUGCAGGACGGGGGGUAUUACGUGGUCACGGUCACGGACGGGACGGGCAACAGCAAGGAUGCCGGAUUUGUCCUCAAAGUCAAUGAGGUGCUGUACGAGGACCUCCAGUACUUGUCGGUGUCGGCCUUGGCGUUGGGCUGCCUGGCGGGGCUCCUCAUGCUGGGCAUGUGGCUCACCAACAAAGCCUACAGGAGGAUAGCGGCGUGGAGACGCAGGAAGCAGAUGCCUGAAAAUGACGUAACGGAGCUGCAGCCUCUAUGACCCGCCUUUUUUUUCCCGUCAGGAUUACUUUACUCAACAGGAAAGACUUUCUUCUUCACCACAACGGGUGUUGUUUACCUGCACCAAGACUACUUAAGUGUUCAAAGGAGAACACACUGGAUUUUUUAUACUGCCUGUAAAUA